AAUACUAUGCUAGCUACGCCGUCUCAAGCCUUGCAAUCUACGAGUUCAUUGUCACUAUGGCCGACGAGAUCCGUAUCGUCUGGAAGAAGCCCGCCACUGCGUCCGCCAUUCUCCUUGGUUCGGUUCGAUGGUGCAUGCUCCUCACGGUGAUUGUGGAACUUGCGCCGCCAACUCCGAAUGGCUGCAAACCACUCGGUAUUCUGACCGACACACUCAACCUCAUUGGGUUUGUUCAGACCGGGCUCUUCGCCGCCCUGCGCGUCUUCGCGAUUUGUAACAGGAGCUAUGUCUGGUCGCUGCCCAUGUUCGCACUGAACCUGGUACCAUUCGCGAUAAACCUGAUGUACUACACAACGUCGAAAUACGGGUAUACCGUGGAGCCCUUUGUCGGUCUCACAUGUGCCGUAGAGUCGUCGUUCUCUGCGCGAACAUUCAACAUACUCGUGUACGUCAGCCGUUGCUCACUCAUCCUCGCCGACACGAUAGUGCUCGUCUUGACCUGGAUCAGGACAUUCGGAUACUGGAGGCAAACGCGCCGUGCGAACGUCAGGGCGUCGCUGACGACAUGUCUGUUGCGCGACGGUCAAGCUCUGCUAGCGAUAAAUGUUUCCCAGUUGCUUACCAUCGACUCUUCUGCGGGUGUUGUACCCCUAACCGCGUUCGUCGUCAUCCUGCCCCCGGUGCUCAUCAAUCGUUUCAUGAUUAACCUGCGUGCGGUCGAUUCGGACGCAUUAGAGCCCUCUUACGGUAGCGAUGAACAACGCGGACUGUCGACGUUGCAAUUUAGAAGGCCGGCAAAUUUCUUGGGGAAUAUUGGAGAGUCGCUGCAGGAUGGCUGGAGUGACAGCUAUCAGGGAAACAACUUGGUAGAAGAGGAUGAAGUAGAUCCUCGCGAGGACUCCACGGAGAGCAUCAGGAAAAAAA